UGUUAUUUUUUUAAUUUUUUUUUCUCUUUUCCACUUUACUAUACUACUAUGUUUAUGAUUAUUUAGCUAUUAGUAAGUGUGUAAAAAUUACUGCUUUGAAGUUUCAAGUUUUUGAUGUCAUAGCAUUUUAUCUCAUCUCCAGGUCAACAACCACCAAAUCCUUUGCUGUUACUUGGACAGUAUAGCGAUGAUGAUGAAUCAGAUAAAAGGCUUGAAGAUGGUGUUGUACACAAUUCAUUGGCUGACAAUGCUGAUCAGGUUAAGGGGCCACUCAACGAGGUUGAUGCAGGGGAAAGCCAAGCUUCUCAGAAUGCCAAUCAACAGGAUCAGGAGACAGAUUCUUUACCAUUGAAUGGUCUCAAGAACCUGGAAGGCAGUGAUACUAGAGAGAGAGAUGAUCAUGCCCCCAAUGACUCACACAAGGAAAAGGAUUCUUCUGCAAGCAACUCUAUCUCUGGGACUUCUGAACUGCAAGUCAUUGGAGAUGUGGGGUCAGGCUGGAGAAUGGUAAUGCAUGAAGAGAGUAAUCAGUACUAUUACUGGAACACUGAAACUGGGGAAACAUCAUGGGAAGCACCCAAUGUUUUGGCUCAGACAACCCAAUCAACCUCUGAUCAAAAAGCUUCUGCUAUUGAUCAUACCGAAAUUGCCCUUGAAGGCCCUCAUGAUUCCAAAUCAAAUUCAGGCGUCCAGUUAGAUGAUACUUCUGCUGCUGUAACCAUUGACAACUCUGUGGCUGGCAAUUUGAUCCAUGAAAGCAAAGUCUAUGACACUGGGGCCCAAUUGGAUGUGCAGGAUGUUGGAUACAAAACUGAAUCUCACCCUGAUGCCAAUGAAAUUGAAUCUCAAAGUAACUUCGCUGCAGUUAAUUCUCAUAUAGCCCUUGCAAGUUCACCUGGUUCUGAGAACUGCAUGCAAGCUGUGCUAGCCAGUGAAGAGCCUAAGAUGGAGAUUGAUAUCUCUUCUAAUCUUGUGAAACAAGGAGAGCGUUUAUUAGAAAGAAUGAAGUCGCUAAAACUGUCUGAAGACCACCUGCAAGGUCAGAGCUGGAUGUCAAAUUAUAUUUUAGAACUAGAAAUUAGACUUUCAGAUAUUAAGUCACUUCUGCUAUAUGGUUCCUCUAUGCUUCCUUUUUGGGUACACUCAGAAAGGCAGCUGAAUCGGCUGGAAGAUGCUAUUAAUAAUAAGAUUUACCAGUUUGCAAAAUCUGUUGCCAUGGAUGAAGCUGAUGAAACACCCAUCUCUUCUGGAGAGAAAUUGAAAACUCAUGAAAGUUUAGGAAAUGAAUCUCAACCUGAUGGAAAUGAAAGCAACACAACUUCUUCCACUCCUGAUGUUUCUCCUGUUUCUGCUGAUGUCAAUGCAUUAAGAGCAGUCAAGUUUGACUCAAAUGGUCAAGCUCAACAAAAUGUUGCUUGUGUUUCUUCCUUAGGAUCACCUGCUGAACAUUUGGAAAGUGGUGCUACAGUUAGUCCGCAAGUUGUUGGAAAUGCUCAUUCAGAUGACACUAAUUCUAAGAUUGGAUCCUAUGCUGGAGAGGAUGAUGACAUGGAUGUUGACAUGGAAGUUGAGGAUGCAAUCCCAGCAAGCACCACCAUGCUCAGAGAUGUUCCGAGUACCAGAAACUCUGCUUCCCUCGAGCAAUAUCCAGUGGCAGAACACUCAGCUGGUGUACCACUUCCAAAUGAAGAUUGGAUUCCCCCACCACCACCAGAUAAUGAUCAGGUUCCUCCACCGCCUCCUGAUGAUGAACAAGUUCCUCCACCACCACCACCUGAUGAGCCUGCUGAAUCAUAUCCUCUGCCUCCAUCUUAUAUGGAGACAGGACAGCCACUCUCUUGCCCAGAACAGUACAACAUAUCAUAUCCAGAUUCUGCUUACCUGUAUUAUGGGCAUGGGCAUGGGGUUACUGAAGUCCCAGUUAGUAAUAUGUACGGACACGUUGAUGCAAACCAGGUUGUUGUUCCCCAGGCAUCUAUUUACUAUCAGACAGUGCCAAACACUGCUGCAUCACUCUUGGUUAACCCUGUUGAUACUAAAAUAUUUUAUGACCUUCACGGCCAACAAGUGCCUUCUUUACCAGUAGAUAGCAGUGCUGGAUCUUCUCAUUUACCCAGCGAAUCAGAUCCCAUGACUUACAGUAGUCUUGCUUCAAAUAAAAGUGGAUCUACUGGUGCUGUUCCAAUAGAAAGAUCCACUGUAAUGAAUAAUGUUUCUGUUUUCACUGAGAAGACUGAAAUUGCGUCAGGUGGAGUCUCUUCUAGUUCAGCCACCACUGAAGCUCCUGCAACUCUUCCUGUAAAAGAAAGUGUUUCUGCAGCAGCAGCAGCAGCAGCUGCUGCUGCCGCAGCUGCAGCUGUGGCUGUUGCUGGUUCUUCAACAACUUCAAAGUUACAAUCUAAAGCCUUGCGAGGUAAAAAGCGCACAGUUGCAGUUGCUUCAUCCUUGAGAUCUAGUAAGAAGGUCUCUAGUUUGGUGGACAAGUGGAAAGCUGCCAAAGAAGAGCUGAAUGAGGUAGAGGAAGAUGAGCCUGCAAAUGCUUAUGAAAUCUUAGAGAAGAAGCGACAACGGGAAAUAGAGGAAUGGCAUGCUCAGCAAAUUGCAAGUGGUGAGGCCAAAGAUAAUGCAAAUUUUCAGCCAUUAGGUGGCAAUUGGCGUGAAAAAGUAAAGCGGAGAAGAGCUGAGAAGGCCAAAGAAUCCAAAGCAUCUGUGGAUAUUUCAGCAGAAGUCCUUCCUGAUGGAAACCAGGAAUCUGAUUUAGCUGAACUCUCAAAGAACCUCCCUUCUGGAUGGCAGGUUUAUUGGGAUGAAGCUUCAAAACAGGUCUACUAUGGGAAUAUCAACACUUCAGAGACAACCUGGACCAGACCGACAAAAUGAUAUCAGACUUAAUCAGUUUUCUACUGUUCUGUUUUUUUGGGUUGUAUCAAUAUUUUCUCUGCUUAAAAUUUUCCAAUUGUAUAUUUUGUUAGAGAUGGAUGUUGAAUUUUCCAAGCAAAAAGAAAGAAAUCAUAAGUCGCUCU